AUGGCUUUUCAAGAUCAAGACCUAUUAAUAGUAUUAUCAUAUACUUCCAAAUUUCUUAAUCAAAAUGACUUGUUAAACUUGAGCCUGGUGUCCAAACAAGUGCAUAAUGUAGUUGCCAUACCCUCACUUUAUAACAACAUUCACAUUACUAGAAAUCCUGUGUUGAGGACGGCUAAAUGGCUUUUGGAAGGGGGGAAAACUUAUGUGAGUGGUUAUCGAUCGGUUUUGAAGACUGGAGAUAAGAACGACAUAUUCGUAUAUGACAGAGUUGAAAGGUUAUUGGAGGCAUCGCAUUUAAAGCUUAUAAAGCAGAUAACUAUAGACAACGAUAUCUUCCACCACAGAGAAGAGGGGCUGCAGCUGUUACAAAGACUGGUCAAUGAAAUAACUGACUUGAACGUGGUUGAAAUUCUUGAUAUUAAAGAUCCAGGAUUAUUUGAGAUGUGUUCAAAAAAAUAUCACGAUUUAACAAGCCUAAAGAAGCGGAUAGUACGUGAUGAAGCUGCAUUUAAAAGUUUCAAAUCAUUGGAAAAUCUCAAGAGUUUAGAAUGGGACUUACCUGCGUCACUGGAUCUACAAGAUAUAAUAACCCCCGAGAUCGGCGAGUUGUUAACAAGAAAAUUGGAUGGAGGUGAGCUGGCAAUCAAGGAUGAAGCGUAUUCAAGCUUAAGAGUUUUUGAUUACUUUGAUUUUUCAAAUAUUCGUUUUAAGAACCUUCGCCGUUUGAGGUUCAAUCAUGUUCACAAACAAAGUGAUGCAGAUACAGUUUCCGUAAGGUUGGCUUCGCAUGCUUUGAAGGAUGUGGUUAAUCUAUCCAACCUUAAAGCCCUUGAACUAGAAUUUUCUUGUGAGGUAGACGACUGUAAAUGUGAUGAUGAAUUCCUCCAGAGCAUAGCAGGUGACCUUGUUUCCUUGACAAGUUUAGGACUCAUCGAAAAGACAUUCGUCAAACAAGGACAUCACUAUAUGGAUGAAAACUGGGAUUUGGUCAUUAAUAAAUUUAUUUUAAAUUUACCCAAUGUGGGUCAAAACUUGCGGGUUUUGAGCAUACGACAUGAUCCUCCUUUAAACGGUAAAGGUAUCGAUACAGUCGACGGAAACCUGCUUCGUCGUAAGAAGCUUUACGAGACAGUGCUUCCAAAACUAACUUCAUUGGAGACAAUAAUAGCUCCCACAAUGUUGCAGUCUAUCAGCUCAUAUGAAAUGUAUGCAUGUGACAUUUUGUGGAACGGCUGCAAGUGUGGAUUUUGCUCUAAGUAUUUGCCACUAUUUGAUAAGUACAUUAUGAAUCAUCAAUACUUCUCGGCCCCAGAUGCUAGAUACUUGGAUAUUAUACCCAUAGUGUUUGCUGCAUAUGUAGGAAAUUCGCUAGCCAAGAGGUUUGAGUCUCAGAAAAAUUGGGACUUAGGCUUAUUACAGUUUGCCCCUGAGGACAUUGCCUGGAAUUUCCAUGGGUUUGAAAGAAUUCAUCAUUUUGCAAGCUAUGAGUGUUACUUCGACGAAUCGUCUUUCGAACCCUUAGCGACAGUUAUUUCGCAUUUUUUUUAUCCUUACAUGAACUAUCUAAUCAAGGUACUACCAAGCCUCCGCCAAGCGAUGCUAUCGGGAAUCUACUUUAAUGUGAACCCGGAAUUGCAUGCGUACGAAUCUAUCUAUGACUGA